UGAACGGAGUAACUCCGGCAUUAACUUACAAACAAACAUGGCGGCCAUCUAGUCUGUACAAACGACGGUAUGUGAGAUAGUUACAGUUUUAGUCGCCUGCUGCUGUAUCAAUAGAAUGUAGCUGUCACACACAAUAUAGCCUAGUGCUGUAAGAACUCAAAUUAUUCGAUGCCAUGGUGCUGUAAAAGCCUCUGCUUCCCCUAGCGAUGGAUGCUAAUCAGAUUUCACAUCGCGCGCUUCAGAUCGAGAAGCUUCACCGCGCGGGCGACUACGCCGCCGUGCGCUCUCUGCUGAGGGACCUGGAGCGCGCGCCCGUCACGCUGGAACUGCUUCGGGAAACGGGCGUGGCCAAAGUGCUGCACCGGGUCCUGAGGACCUGCCCCGUGGCCAUGGCGAGGAAAGCGGCCAAGCUCCUGCUGUCGGGGUGGAGGAAGCGGUGUGGCGGCGGGGCGCCGGUUUCCACGGGAAGCCGCUGUCAUCGGCGGAGAGAGGCCGAGGACCGCGCCCGAGGCCGGGGGGGCAGCGGGGAGCGCCAGGGCGGAGACGGCUCUCGCUCCCCUGACAGCUCUGACAAAGAGGAGGAGGAGGAGGAGGAGGAGGAGGACAGAGAGAGGAAGAGGCGCCUGACUGAAGAGGGGUGCGGCGUUUCGGAGGUGACGCGGGAAGCGGCCCGAUCUGUGGAGGACAGCGCGGCGGGCGUGUCUGCUUCGGACAGAGGCGGUGAUGUCACGGUGACGUCAGCAGUGGCCUCACCGGUGGAGUUCACGCAGGGGCCUGCGGAGACUGCCCAAAUCGCCACGACUCGCUCGUCGUCCCCGAACAGCGACGCCUCGCCCCUGAGGUCCAAAAGCACACAGCUGCUCCUCCAGGCUCUGGGGCAGCAGGGGGCCGGCGGGGACGGGCCGGCCCCCGAUCUCUCGGCGCUGGCCCGGGACAUCGAGGAGCACGUCUUCCUGCUGCACGGCCGGAACGAGCCCAAGUACAGGUCCUGCGUCCGGAGCAAAGUCUCCAACCUGAGGAACCGUGGGAACCCCCACCUGAGGGAGGGUCUGCUGCAGGGCACGCUGGGCGCGGAGGCCUUCGCCCGCAUGUCCGCCGCCGAGAUGGCCGGGCGGGAGCUGCAGGAGCUGAGGGCCGAGUACACGAAGUCGGCCAUCCGUGAGCACCAGCGCCCCCUGGGGGUGGAGGGGACCGCGACGGACAAGGUGCGGUGCAGGCGCUGCGACGGUUUCGACUGCAGGGUGACGCAGAUCUCCCGGGGCGCCCUCUUCCUGCCCGGGUGGGUGCGUAGCGGGAACCCAGACGAGGACACCAUGACCUUUAUGACCUGCGCUGGCUGUGGGGAGCAGUGGUACCACUCCGGCUGGGUCUGUCUGUGACGAGGUCGGGGCGAACGGGAGUGUUCCUCACUCGGAUGUUUUGCUUAUUACGUCUCAAUAAAGUCUUCGGUUCAAUCCAAGUUUA